GCACUCUCGCUGUGCCGUAUCGACGAUUUUAUAUGCCUAUUAAAAUAUUUAAUUUCUGUUCAUUAAAUUAAUAAUUUGCUAAUAAUUAUUGUAUUAUAAUAAUAUUGUACUGAAACGGAACAUGUAUCUAUUCGGAACACGGGUUAUGGGUUUGUGAGUUUUUUGUAGAACUGGUCGGAGAAUUCGGUUCCAGUUGACGAGUUGACGUCUAUCACUCACAUCAAAGAUGGACGACUCGGAGCCUUCCGACUGUGUAGAAAUCAAGAAUCGCAAGUCCGGACUGACUUUAGAGCCAAUCAUGAUGUUAAUGUGUCUCGGAAUAAACGCAAACCAGAUGGUGCAGACUAAUCUAUUUGAAGAACGUGUAUGCCUUCAUAGUGAUCUCGGACAAAAUAAGUCUGUGAAUUGUUACAAUAUGACUGCAGCAGAUCUGGAAAUAGUUCAGCCGGCUGUGGCAGAUUUACAGAUGAUUAAAAAUCUGAUCGAGACAUUGGUGCCUUGUAUAACGGCAUUGUUUUUAGGCCCCUGGAGUGAUGUAAACGGUCGCUUGCCUUUGUUAUUAACAGCAAUCUCAGGUAUGGUAAUUUCUAACUGUAUGUACAGUGCAUUUUCUACGAUACCAAGUCUGACUCCAAUAAUGUUUUUGCUGUGCAGCAUACCUGUUGCUGUAAGUGGUGGCUAUGGUGCAUUGUUUAUGGCUGCAUCAUGUUAUAUUGUUGACAUCACCGAUUGCAAAUCAAGAGCUUUCAGGUUAGGCGUGUUAUUUGCAUUUGUCAGCUUUGGCUCGAUUCUUGGAUCUGUACUGAGUUCAAUAUUGUAUGGUAAAUCUACUACUUAUUCUUUUUGCCUAUCAUCUUUUGUUUCCAUUGUUGGACUUCUUUAUACGUAUAUUUUUCUAAAGGAAACAAUAGUCAUCAAAAAGGGUGCGGAUACAAAACUUUUCAAUAUUAAACUGGUAAAAGAUAUGUGGCAAACUGUUACAAAACAACGAUUUGGCUACUUAAGAUCCAUAAUUAUACUAUCAGCAGUGUUGUUAACUCUCAAUUUAAUCGUUUUAUUUGGUGAAGCUUCGUUCAUGUACAUGUACCUACAGAAACAAUUUUCAUGGACGUUGGAAAACUAUACACCAUUUCUUGUAUAUACGACACUGAUACAUGCCACCAUUCCUGUGAUCGGUCUGUACGUUUUAAACACCAAACUACAAUUGCCUGAAAUGUAUAUCGGAACCGCUUUUGCAGCGCUGGGAAUUUUCGAAAAGGUUGGUUUGGCGUACUCCGUGCACCGGUGGCAAUUUUAUGCCAUGAAAACUGUCGGAUACACAGUGUACAUCAGUCAAUCGUUAGUUCGGUCUCAAUUAUCCAAGAGUCUUCCGUCUGAAGAUAUAUGUAAAAUAUUUGCAUUCUUAAGUGUGAUCGAAAAUUUUGGAGUAUUACUCUACUCACCGAUGUAUACUGCGGUCUACGUUAUGACAAUCCACGAUUUCGCAAAUUGUUUCUUUUUCUUAUCGGCAAUACUUGGAAUGUUCGUAUUUAUCUUAUUCGGGUACCUGCAACAUAUUUUGCAGCUAAAAGACGUGUUUUUAGGACUAUGUGGCUGGAUGUCUCUUACAAUACAGUUAUCGCCUUAUCAAUAUUUAUACCUGAUAAAAAGUGUUUUCAAGGUUUCCAUAAAGGCACCCCUUCACAGUUUAGAUCUAUAUCAUUCUUACUUUCAAGAAGCACCAUAACUGAUGAUUUGUUAAUUGAAAACCAAUUUUAACCAGCGCAACAGCCAACAACAAACAUAAUAUUAAAGGAGAGAAUUACAAUAAUCCAUGUAAAAUUUGCUUGCAUUGAAUGAAACGUUAAUGUUGUACAUAACUCACAACCUAUGAUAUUGUGAAAACAUGUAAUUAAUUGACAUAGUAUAUUAGUAGAUGAAAACUAUAACAUAAUACAUAAUUAUACACUUAUACAUAAUAUAAUAUCACAUAUUUUACAUAAUAAA